CAUCUUCAUACUCACUUCUCCACAUCCAAUUCAUCAGUUUCACAAGGUAAAAAUGAAGUUUCUUGAUCUGUGGUUACUUGUAGCCAUCACCUCUGGCUCGAUAACAACGAUCGCUGCUCAUGUUAAAGGUUCAUGGUUGAAUGCCCAUGCCACCUUCUAUGGAGGUCAUGAUGCUUCCGGUACAAUGGGAGGAGCAUGUGGAUAUGGAAAUCUAUAUAGUCAAGGAUACGGUACAACCACCGCGGCACUAAGUACUGCUCUGUUCAACAAUGGUCUCGCGUGUGGAGCAUGUUUUGAAAUCAUGUGUUUUAAUGAUAAGCAAUGGUGUCUCCCAGGAUCCAUAAUUGUGACAGCUACAAACUUCUGCCCGCCUAAUAACGUGCUCCCAAAUAACGCAGGCGGGUGGUGUAAUCCUCCAUUGCGACAUUUUGAUCUUGCCCAACCGAUCUUCAAGCAUAUUGCUCAAGAAAAAGCGGGAAUAAUACCAGUUAAAUACAGAAGAGUUGCUUGCAGAAAGAUUGGUGGAAUAAGGUUCACGAUCAACGGCCACUCAUUCUUUAACCUAGUGCUCGUGACCAACGUAGGUGGUGCAGGCAAUGUUAUUUCCCUCUCUGUCAAAGGCUCUAAAACCAUGACGUGGCAAUCGAUGUCACGUAAUUGGGGUCAAAACUGGCAGAGUAACAAUUACCUAAACGGGCAAUCUCUGUCUUUUAAGGUUACUACAAGCGAUGGCAGAACCGUUGUUUCUAAUAACGUUGCACCUCCUAACUGGUCGUUUGGUCAAACCUAUACAGGAAAGCAGUUUUAGUUCAUCUGACACAAAGAUUCAAACCUCCUAACACAAGAUUUUCAACAGAUUUUAGUGUUGUAACUCUACUGUAGUAAUAUAGUGAUCAUGAUCCGGUUAGACGGCCGCUUUUUGAAGGGUCAAGAUUGGAUAUCUAAACUAAAGUUCCAAGAUUUUAGAUAUUGUUUGGUUUUUCUAGAAAGGAGUUAACAAAUACAAGGCCAACAAGGGUUGGUAGUUGUGUUUCUUAGUUGUGUGUAUUGUGAACAUACUCAAUUGCUCAAUUUAUGGUUUGAGCAUAUUAUUUGAGGUCUUAUUGUUAUCUCAUUUGGAGUUUAUAAUUAUAAAGAUUGUGAUUUGACUA